AUGAAUGUAUAUACAGCUUCAUCCUUUGAAAAGACAAUAAAUCGAACUACUACACAUCAAUACUUAGUGAGAAAAUAUGGAAAUAAGUCAAAUGAAUAAUAUUUCAAUUUUGAAGAAAUACUCAAUUAAAUUUAAGAUGUUUUUUGUAUGAGUUGUGAGAGCUAUGUUCCCUCAGAUUAAAUCGACAUACACACUCAAAAUUGCAAUGGAGAAUGCGAUUAAUAUGAACAAGUAGACUCUUUACAGGCUAAAUUAUAAAAAUGUAAUUUUCUUAUAAAUAAAAUCAAAAAGAUGCUCAAAACCUAUUCAUCAGAUUAAUAGUAUAUCAUUUAAUAUUUAUAAAUGCUAUGGAAAUGCUGCAGUAACAUCAUCUUAGCUUCCGAUUAUGAUGUGGUUUCACAAUGCUUAGACGAUUUAGAUCUAUUUUAAUAAUACUUUGAAAAUCAAUAAUAAGACAUUGCUGUCGAAUAAGUCAUCCAAUAAAUUUUAACCAUCAUAAGCAAGAUAAUGUAAUUUUCAGAAAGAAAAGCCAGAAUUUUGCAAAGCAAUCAAAAUAACGUGAUCAAUCAUCUAAAGGAAUCUAUUGCAACAUCAUUGGCAAAUGAGGGAGGAUUGCAAAAAAAGCUUUAAAUUCAUGAUAAUCAAUUGAAUAGAUACAGAAACCCUUUUGAAAAUGUUCAAAACAAUAUUCAUUAGUCACUAAAAGAUGAUUUUCAAUCUAGAUUUAAAUAGGCAAAUAAAUAAUCUCUUUCUCCAAUUACAGAAACGAGCUUCAUAGAAAAAAGCAAAAUAGGAACCUUAACUCCCAGAAUGGAGGAAUCCAUGUAAUUAACUUAAACGAUGGUUCAUAAGUCAGAAGCAGAGAAAAAGAAUCAAUUCUUUAAAAUUGCAGCCUUCUUGAAAAAGAAAUUUCCCUAAAAAUAAUCAGUUCAAUAAGCAUUAAUCAUUGCUCUAUACGAUACGGCAAAUAAGCUUAAUAUAUAGCAAAACUAAUAUGAAAACUACAUCAUCAAUUUAUAUCAAAAUAUGUGA